GAGGCAACCAAGACAAGGCAGCUAGAAACGGUUGGUACAAAACUGUGAUAUCUGAGAAUUUAUGAAUUUAAGAUAUCUGUGACCGACUAUACAGAACUUUAUUUGAGAAUUUAUGAAUUUUCAAAAUGCUGUUAAGAUUUUAAUUUGUUUUGCUCUUGAUACAUGGUUUCUGUUUCGAUAUCUGUUGUCUUGAACAUGCAUGAGAUUGAAUGGACCGCAUUCUCUAAAGUCGUUAUACUGAUAUCCAGUUUUCUCCUUCGCCCUUUUAGUGUAAAAGAAAUCCUGGAGCUAUCUUUUUAAGCAUUACCUACAUAUAUGAUAUAUGUGGUUGGAUGGGCCAUUUUUUCUGGACCAAGUCGUCAUUGUUGAAUUCCUGUUUUCUUGAACAUCCAUAUAGUGGCGAAACUCUGAGCAUUACCUUCUAUAUGCAUUCUACAUGACUACAUACAUAUAUAAAUUAAGUGAAGUAGCAUAUUCAUUGAGUAGAGUGCAUUAUGUGUGUUUGUGCUAUCUUUAGAAUAUUUAUUUUGCAAUACAUACACUUCUGAAACAAAAUCGUUGUUCUUGUUUUGCCAACUUUAAGCUAAUUAUAUGAGGGAUUUUGUCGUCUGAUUUACAUUUUGAUAAAUUUGUCUGUGUUGACCUGAAGAGCAGUGUUAAGAAUUGGAUGAAGAAGGCCACUUAAUUUCCUAAAAUAAACGAAAACAACAAUCCUUGUAAUCGAACCGCCCAAAAACUGUCCUUAGCAUGUUUCUGAAAAGGAAAACCAUAUAUGCCUGGCCGAAAAUAACACCAAUUAGAUAUAAAAGAUGUGAUGUCAACUUCAUAUUCAAUGAAAACUGUAUCAUCAAGUGUGAAAGUUGGCAAUAUGUAUGUGGUAGGUGUGUAUAUUACAUAUUCAUAUUUCCAUUGCUGUGAAAUAUGAUAAUGAAAGAGCUCAAAAGAGAACAUGCCAUGCCAAGUGAAAGUACUAACUGCUACCAUUGACCUGAUGGAUCUGGUUAAUAGAUUGAAUGCUAAAAUCUGUGUGGUUGGUUGAGUUUACCAUUAGUGUAAAGUGCGUGGAAAUGUGGAGUUUCCUUAACUAGAGUGGAAGAAAGUGACAAUUCAAUUCCUAUUGCCUGUGAUGUGUUGAUGUUUCUUUUUCUUUGUUCCUACUGUGCUUUGUUGUAAAAAAAUACAUGCUUGUAAGUAUAUCCUAGGAAGCAGAGGUACAAUUUAUGUAUGCUUGUAAAUGAAAUAGGAUCGAGCAUUUGAAUUCAUUUACAUGCAUCCAGUAAUUCUGUAAAUUACUUCUUCCGUCCCCUCCAUUUAAUUACUUUCUUUAUCGGGAAAUAUCUCAGUUUUUUGCAUUUAAAAUUUUAUAUUACAAAAAUAAAUCUCAAUCACUAGUUUCACCUGUUUUUUUUUCAAUUUAUCAAUAUUUUCAUUAAUUUACCAAAUUUUCACGUUAUUAAAUAUAUUUUUCUUAAUUUUUGUAUUCUAACCUUAAUAGUAUAAGUGAAUAGUAUUAUUAUCGAAGUUUAAAUAUGGAUCACCGCAGGGACUGGUUAUUGUAAGGGGUGGCAGUUUCGGGUAACGGGUCGUGUUCGUGUCAGCAAUCGGGUCAAUUUCGAGUCGAUUUCGGGUCAAGCUAAAAUCACUUAAAAUUGAAGUUAUUAGAAAUGAAAUUAGAAUUUCGGGUCAUGUCGGGUCCAUUUCGUGUCAAAACGGGUGAUUUUCGGGUCACUCUCGGGUUUUGUCUCAGUAAAUCGGGUUACGAGUUUGGGUCGGGUUCGGGUCGUGUCUGAUAUUGCCAUUAGAUGGGCUAGUUGUUCUGGAGAAUGGUAAUAACGUUGGAACUUGGUGCAACAUUCUAAUCAAAUCAGAUAGUUGUCUGCCUAUACUCUAGAAUUCUGCCUCAACACUGUGUUCUCUCUUGUCAAAUCUUUCACCCCUAUUAACCUCUUCUACUAUGUGCUUCUUACUCUAUUCGUAACAUGCUCCAGGUCAUCGCAUCUAUCAUUUCACUUGGCUUAACCAAGUCAAUAAAUCCAAUAUCAUAUCAUUAUUAUCAUCCGGUAUAUACUAUAUAGUAUAUACACAAAUAUUUUAUUGUUUUUUUAAAAGAAAUUAAGCAAAAUGAUGAAGUUGCACAUCUGUAACUUAACUUGGGUUGUUGGACGCACAAUUAACAUCUUACUUCAAGCAAGUAUCUUUGUCACUAGUAUUUAGCAACACGACUGCUAUCAUAUCACCAACACUAUCUUGCUUCCAGAUUACAACAUUCCCUAAAAGAGACAGUAAUAUUGCACAAGACAAGUAAAAUUGACGAAGAAGAGAGAAUGAAUGCACUUUUACAUUAAUAGUUGAUAUGAUCCUGAUUAAUCAUUUGAAAACAAAAUGAUUAUCUGUUUAACUCUUCUUUUCACGAUCAAGUUUACGAUUGUUUACAGUUUGAGAAUUUGUCCCGGUUGGGUUCCGAUACUUGUUUUGUUCUAAUAAAAUUAUUUGUUUGUUAAAGUCUUUAAUUAACGGCUUGCGAAGUCAAAUUCAGCCCGCGACGAAGUAUAAUAAUCCUAGUAUGAAUCGGAGCGUUAUUGCUCAAAAUAUUCACUCUAUACUAUCGGUACCAACACAAAACGGCUACUGUGGAGUCCCAAAAUUAUCAUAAUUUUCCGAUUCUCGUUUACAGUCUCACUAUAAAAGACUUGCAAGUAGACUAGACAACUGUUUGAACAAUGGAGACCAACAACCUUCCUUAAUAGUAAUAUUCCUACUCCCCUCCACUUGAUAUUCCAUUUUACGGCUCCCUAAAAACACACACUUUUUCCUUACACUAUCAUUCUAUAAGCUCACAUCCUCAAAUCUUGCUUGUGUCUCUGUAACCGCUUGUUCUUAUUACAACUUUAACUAUGUUGGACCUCAAUCUCAAUUGUCUUCCCUCAAGUUGGUUCCAUGAUCCAGCUGACUCAAAGCAUUCUUCCAACUCCUCUGUCGUCAACGUUGACACAUCGAGCCAUGCUGGCGACGAGGAGCACUCGAAUCAGCCUUAUCAUGAGCAUUGUUUCGGCAUUUUGAAGUCAGGUGGUGAACAAGUUGAUGAGCAUGGAGAGAGUUACAGUGAAGGCAGUGUCGUAAAGCCAAGAUUUACGACGAAAGAGCUGUUCCCUGUUGCAGGAGAGCCGCGGCUGAUGGACCCUCUGGUGCAGCAGCAGGGGCAGCAAGUGAAGAAGAGUCGAAGAGGGCCGAGGUCUAAGAGUUCUCAGUACAGGGGAGUCACCUUUUAUCGCAGAACUGGACGAUGGGAAUCACACAUAUGGGACACUGGGAAACAAGUUUACUUGGGGGGAUUCGACACUGCGCAUGCUGCAGCUAGGGCAUACGACCGAGCUGCAAUUAAGUUCCGUGGAGCUAGUGCUGAUAUCAACUUCAACAUUGGUGAUUAUGAUGAAGAUCUUAAAAAAAUGAAGAACUUGACCAAGGAAGAGUUUGUACACAUACUACGUCGACAGAGCACUGGGUUCUCCAGAGGAAGUUCGAAGUAUCGAGGAGUUACUCUACACAAAUGUGGGCGAUGGGAAGCUCGAAUGGGGCAGUUUCUGGGGAAAAAGUACAUCUAUCUUGGGUUGUUUGACAGUGAGAUAGAAGCUGCAAGGGCUUAUGACAAAGCGGCGAUAAAAUGCAAUGGCAGGGAUGCAGUAACCAAUUUCGAGCCAAGUACUUAUGAGAAUGAUUUAUGUUCUGAAGCUGAAACUGGAGGCAGUGGUCAGUAUCUUGAUUUGAACUUGGUAAUGUCUCCACCUGAUUUUGCUGAUGGUGCUAAAGGGACAGAUGAUUUUGGGAGUUUAAGUUUCCAGAAUCAUUUGAAAGACAUCCCUGCGGUUAUAAAAUCUAGGCAGAAGGUGAUUCAGAUAGAGGAGAGUUCCACUUCUGCAAUAAUGGGAACUCCACUGCCCCUGGGCCAAGUUUAUACGCAAGGGCAUCCCUCAUUCUGGAGUGGGGUGAAUUCAAGUGUUCUUCCUAUCUACGAGGGAAGAGCGAUGGAGAAGAUUAUUGAAGCUGAUUCACAGCCACUCUGGGCAUGGAGUAAUCAAGGACCUUAUGCUGAAGCUACUUCAGUGCCACUCUUCUCUACUGCAGCAUCAUCAGGAUUCGUUACUUCAAAGGCUAAUGCUUCAUCAGAUGGUGUUUAUUAUCCUCACUUCACCAUCCCGCCCCAUCACUACGCUCCUAAGCCAUGCCAAAUAUCGACGAACACUAACAGUGUAUUCUAUUACUGAACCACAAGUUCGAGUUCAGUCUGAGUUCAGUCUCUUCUUUGUUAGAAGUAGAAGACACUAUCAAAUUAAAUUGUUCGUUUAUGCUUUCUGUUCGUAUGGAACAUUUUAAUCUACAUUCCGAAAACUACAUGAAGGUUCAUUAAUAUUCAGGCAAUCAGGCAUGCUAU